AUGUCUAAAAACAAAGAUCCUGGAUCAUUAAUAAAUAUUCAACAUGAUUAUAUUUUAAACAAAAUUAAACUGGUACAGCAACGAGGUCAAUUAUACAAUUUAAUCAUCGAUGAUAAAAUGGAAUCAGUGCUAUAUAACGUCUUGACUAAAGAAGAGUUACUUCGUAUAGUUGCUUCAAUUGAAAAAAUCGAUGCUAAAAGAAGACAAGGAACAUUUAUGACGGCCAUCUAUUUAAUUGAUGUUAAUAUUUAUAAUUUAAAAUGUAUAAUUGGUGAUGUUCAAACUAGGAAAUAUAAAAAUGGUAUUGCCUUAUUUCCAAUUUAUCAAGAUUCAAGGACUCAAGAUUUUUGGCUUAAAAAAUUUUGGAAUCAACCUAAUGUAUUAACAUUUUUCAAUAAUCAUAUUGAAUUUUUAAAUGCCAAUUAUUUUGCCUUGGAGACUAAAGUUUUUUUAGUUGAUAAUAAAACUUCUAAUUCAAUGCCGAUUUAUUAUAAUCCUAAUUGUAUUGAAUUUGUCAUGCCUCAAGUACAAUUAGUGGCCAAUGCAUUAUUAAAUUUAGUAGUAUCAAUGGAAGAAUACCCUUUAAUUCGAUUUUAUAAUCCUCAAGAUGGUGAUUAUGAUGCUAAAAGAUUACCAGAAUUAAUAGCUGAUGCUUUCCAAGCACAAUUGGAUGAUUAUUGUCGAUUAAAUGAAAAUUAUCCUCCACCAUCAGUAGCAUCUAAACCACGAGCAAUUUUAUUGAUCACUGAUAGAACCAUGGAUUUAUAUUCACCACUUUUACAUGAAUUUUCUUAUCAAGCUAUGGCCAUGGAUAUUGUUGAAAGUUUGGAAAGAACCGGGAAAUAUAAAUAUAAAUCAGAGAAUGAAAAGGGGGAAAUUAUGGAAGUUGAAGCUAAAUUAGAAAAUGAAAAUGAUGAAGAUUGGGUUAAUUUAAGACAUUUACAUAUUAUUGAAAGUUCAGAAUUAAUUUUCAAUAAAAUUAGUGAAUUGGUUAAAAAUAAUCCUUUAAUGAUUGAUCGUUCAAAAGCUACAACAUCAUCCGAUUUAAUGUAUAUUGUUGCUCAUUUAAAAGGAUUUGAUGAAGAACGUAGACAAUUGACAUUACAUAAAACAUUGAUUGAUGAAUGUCUUGAUAUUAAUGCCCUGAGAAAAUUGGCAGAAUUUGCUGCUGAUUUUGAACAAACUUGUUGUGCUGAAGGAGUUAGUUUUGAAGGAGAAAGAAAUAAACAUUUACACGAUGAUUUAAUCAUUUUAUUAGCACGUGAUGAUUUACAUAUCAAUGAUAAAAUGAGACUUGUAUUGAUAUAUGCAUUUUAUCGAGGUGGAUUAAUUAGAGCUGAUUUUGAAAAAUUGAUUCGAUUUAUUGGCGUUAAUGAUAAAUAUAUUACUGGAUUAGUAGAAAAAUGUUUUAAUAAUGUUGAAAAAUUGGGGUUUCAAAUUUUCAAAAAAAAUGUUAAAGAUAAACCAUUUCAUAAAGAAAUGUAUCAUGUGAUUAACAAUGAAGGAACAUAUAAUACUUCACGUUUCACCCCUGGGAUCAAAAGAAUUAUGCAAAAUGCUGGUAAAUAUUCUUUAGAUAGAGAAUGGUUCCCCUAUUUCCGUGAUCAACCAUUAGAUGAAGAUAUACCAACCAAUAAUACUCGUAUUUCUAGCACCACCAGCACCAGCACCAGAACCACCAAUAGUGCUGGCAAAGAUUUACAUACUAGUGGAUCAUUACGAAAUCCUAGAAUAAAAGCUGCUUGGGCAUCUUCUUCAUCAACAUUAUCAUCAUCAAGAAACAUCAACACUUUGGGUUCACAAGCCAAAAAUAAACAACGUAUAUUCUGUUUUGUUGCUGGUGGGAUGACAUAUAGUGAAAUCAGAUCAAUUUAUGAAUUAUCAUCUUCAAUGAAUAAAGAUUUUUAUAUUGGAUCGGAAUCAAUCCUCAAACCCCGUGAUUUCUUAAUAGGAUUACAAAGUAUUGAUAAAAAUAAAACCCCUGAAAAUUUAGAUUUAAAUAUUUAUCAAGAAUUAAAUAAACCAACUGAUCCUCCAUUACAUGUUUUUGAAGAUGGAAUACCUAAACCGAAAAAAAUCAUUAAUCAACCUCAAAAUCAAUUUCAACAACAAAUACAACAACAACAACUUAUGUAUCAAAAUACUCAUCCAAAUGCCAAUAAUGGAGGAAAUGAACAAUCAUCACCAUCAUCAUCAUCAUCAUCAGCACCACCUUCACAUUAUCAAAAAAGACAAACUCCAGGAGGAAAUCUUGAUAAUAUAGGUAAUAUAGGGUCACCUACAUCUACAGUUGAUUCAAAAGAGAAAAAGAAGAGUAGAUUGAAAAAAUUCUUCAAAUAA